AUAGUUCUACACGUUUUAUUCUUAGUGACUAUAUCGUUACAAUGAUUGUGACACUCUUUGAGGCUCAAAGCUUAAAGCUUGAAGUAGACAUUUUUCAUGUAGACUAACUUCAAUGAAAUAUAAUACUCUCUAAAUGUUUAUCGAAUCAAUAUAGUAGCAAAGGUUUGGCUUGGUCCUAAAAUCAAGAGCGCGGACAUUACCCUCGCAUGUACUGGAUAUAUUUGAAAACGAUUACACGAACUGUUUGUCCUUAUAUUAUGACGCACCGCCCACGUUACAAAGAUAAGUAUAACGAUGAGCGAUAAUGACCGUGGUAGUAUCAAAACAUGACCUUUAGGUGUCACUCAAAGUAGAUUUCCCCCACUCUCCACUUUCGAGGUCACUAUACUCCGUCAAAUACGGCAUGCGCACUGGCGUAUACGGUAUUCAAGUUUUGGCUUUAGACGUAAAACAACUUAUCUAUUCGAAGAAAAAGUGGAUAAAAAGUAGAAAACAUUGGUUUAUCUAUUCAUGAAGAAAAAAAGAUACUGAUUGAAAUAUUUGGGAUUCACACAUAAAACAGAUACAAGCAUCAAAAUGGUAUAUUUUAGCAUUAAUUCUUUAAAAGUAAUAUGCAAAUGAUGAUAUCAUAGAAUAAUCGAUGGAAAACUCCACGCGGUAGGUCUGUGAACGAAUGGGGCCCGCCCGGGUGAUAACCAAUUAUAGACUGACGCUACUGGGUAGUUUUGAUAAUAUCGAUUUACUUUGUAUUUAAGAAAGUAUUUUUAUAUGUUUCAGAUGAAACGUCAUAAUAACUAUAGGCGAGCGUUUUAUGUUGUUCAAUUCGUAGAAUUGCCUUUUGAAGGUAUUGAUGAUUACGUAUGCGUGCCGUAUAUGUGGCUGAUGUUUCGCAAAGCGACGGAUCAGAAGGCUGUCGUUGCAUACCCUAAAGAUGAAGAUCCUUUCAACACCAGAGAUCGCGUUAAGAGGAAGGAAAGACGCAAUGACGAGUGGAGAUUUUAUAUGGCUAUCGUUAAAUAUGAAUCAGAUAGUUACGGAGAUGCAGAAUAUUGGAUUGCGACGAGAAAUGAUUAUGGACCUUUAGUAGAAGAAGAAUUAAAAACAACAGAAUCAGAACCAAAGUUCCCGUUAAACAAGAAAUUGCGUGUUGCCAACCGAAACUAUUCGUCGAAAUUAAAUGAUAAUCCUCGGAAACUACUGCCGAGAAUAUCAAUCAAGCGACCAGCACUACCAGAACCGAACAAACAACUUGAUGGGAAAUGGAUGAAACUGGAUGAUGAUGCUCAGUCAUCUAGUACUGUUGUUACCGACGCUAAUGCAGAGCCUGGAUCUUCAAGACAGGAACAAUCAAUUAUCACCCAGGACAACCAGCCAAUAGAAUCUGCUCAGACAGAAAGAACUGCUAGUGAUUCUCACGGUACAUCGAGCUCCUCUCAGCGGAAAGAUGAAAACCUCCAAGAAUCGUUACCAAUACAAGAGCAAGAAGAUAUAAGUAUACCGUACAUAGAUGUAGCUACACCAGAUACACCAGCCCUUGUUAUAGACAACGAUGAAGAAGUACAGCCUACCAGUAUUGUGAAACAGCAAGUAACCUCUAAUCAAGCUAUCUCACAAUUUACUGAACAGCCGGAACCCAUCCGGGAACCUCAAAUUCCAGUGGCCCCGUCAAUCGAGGUGACUACCAAUAAUCAAGGAUCCUGCAUGGAUGAUGUAUUAAAUAAUGGACCUACUUCUCAUCACUUACUAAAUUCACCAAAAAUUUCUGCUCAAUUAUAUAGUCAAAUAAACGAGGCACGGCAUUUAAUACCGACUCAAAAACCGGUUAAGAGAAAAAUGCGCCUCAUGAAUAUCGCAAGAAAUUUGACCAUUACCGAACAGAAAUCGAAUUUAAUGGACCGAACUGGAUCUUUAUCGAUGCACUCAGUGCCGACUCAACAACAAUAUCACACGUUGUCUUAUCAGAAUCAAUAUCUACCGAUUAAUCAAAAUAACUUUGAACAAGACUUACUUAGGAAAUCUGCAGAGAGCAACAAUUACGAACAGCGACCUAACUCUCGAACUAUCAGCAUGAGUACUCCAUCUAUCGGACAAAAUUCUAUUCUUUCUUCCAAUCCGUUAUACCAGAUCUCCGAGCUUCCACAACAGAGAUCGUCGCAGCCAACUCAACAAGACUCACAACAACAACCACAGAAACCGAAAAUACGGAUUGGCAUCUCUACCAAGCCAAAAAACAACCGGCAAGCACCUACCCUUGAAGUCACGAAAAAAACGCUGUCGAAUAUUCUUACAAAGGUUCUAAAUUCGGUACGACAAGCAUUAUCAACUACUCAUAAACAAUAUCUUCUGAACGACCAGCAAUUUCAGGGUAAUCAUAGUGAACGUACACUUGUUAAUGAAAAUCAUCUAAGCAAAAUUGACAAUACAUUGCAAAUAAAUGAGUGGAUGGAAGAAGAAACUCCGUCAGCGCAUCAUGGAGCAAAUUCAGAUUCCGAUACUAUUAUCGAUCAUGAAGUAACCUCAGUUCAUGAGAUGUCUGCAGAUGAAGCACCUAUUGAAAGAACGAAUAACUUUUACGGCACUGGAAUCACUUCUGGAAGUAGCUCUGCAGACAGAUCGAUAGUUGCACAAAACUCUACGAACCACCAAACGCAUUCUAAAGUUGUAUUAGAGCAGCAAAUGUUAGACAACUUCGCUACCCUCUUCACUCAAAUGGGAUCUACUUUGCGUUGUACAUGUGAUAUGUACAACACCCUACGAAGUUCGAACCUCGAUACUGCCGCAACAUACAAAAAAUUGUUGGGUACAGUCGAAGAAUUCAACUCAGCGCAAAAUUUAGCCAGCAAUUCAUCUUCUUCGAGCAACCGAACAGAAGAAGUCUCACAGUUCCCUGAAGAAAGAUACAUGAAAAUAUCAGGAAGAUCAAAUUCAAGUAAUACCAAUCGAUAUAGCAAGAAAGUUGCUAACAAUCCACCGAAGAAAAAACACAACUCAUGGCGUUUUGUUCUACCAUCGGAAUAUGAUCCCCAUGAUACAAAAUGGACAUUGAAGUAUCGAACCAAUCUGCCAGGACUCGUAGAACUUAUGCCUCAAAGUGGUGUUUACGUUAGCUACGGAGACCUCAAAUACUGUCAGCAAGUAUCAAAAGAUUGCAAAUCAUUAGCACUACGAUUAUUACCAGCAGUAUUUAACAGCAAAGCAUUGAGUGUUUGUUUAUCAAUAACUGAGAGAGCGCAGGCUUCUGAUAAUGUUGGAUCCAAUGUAAGGCCAGAAUUAGAUGAUCACGCGUGUUCGGUAUUGUUAAAUUUCGUUUUAGAGCACGGUCUCCAACAUGGUUGGAAUACUGACCUACAACCUAUCCUCAGUACUUUACACAGUAAGAUUCAAGAGAUUCGGUUUAGAUAUGGUGUGAUGGUUGAAUGUUAACUAUUGUGAUUACUAAUUAUUGAUCAUAAGUCGAGUUAUCUCAUGUUCUCAAAUACUGAGGCUAAGAACUUUGCCAUUUUUUUAUUAAUUCAUUCAUUUAAUCAAUCACUUUCAUAAAUCUUUCAUCAUAGUAACUUAUUGCAUUCCAUCUUUAAUGCGAUCAACAAUUUUAUGUUAUAGUUUUUAGAUCUCUAGAGAAACGUAUAGUACAAAUGUUUUAGAAAACUAUUAUUUUUAGUGAAAAGUUUUUCUGUCCUACUAUUGUUAAGAUUUAAAUAUGUAUUACCCACCUGUAUUAUUUAUCAUAGCAGAAUUUAUUAUCUAUCAGUUUUAUGAUAGUGUAUUAGUUGAAUUUUGGGAAUGUUUUACGGGUAUUUAGUAUCAUUCUCAAGACUGUAGUUAAAGUAUUACAAAAUUAUUAGGAGGUAACUACAAGUAU